AUGUCUUCCGAUCUCCAGUGGCUCCUUCUCCGCAAUUACAACUCUUUCAUGGUAAAGAGGGGUCCUGAAGGAAAGACCUUCUCCACUGAGCACGGUAACCUCCGGAAUCUCCAUUCACACAAAUUCUCUGGCCUUUCAAAUGCCAAGACUAUCGAUAUCAAGGACUCGGGUUCAGGCAUCCAGAUUACUACCCGGAAGUCUAAAGUCUCCCCUCACGCUGUUCGCUCAGCUCGGACUACCUUGACGAUCCGCAACCGGUCAGGACCCCGGCGCGCGUUCGGCGUCGUUGCCGGUCUUGCGAAGCGGGGAUACCGCCCUGACUUGCGGACAGCUGCACUUGCCCGCACUUCUGCUCUCAUUGCCGCUCAAAACGAGAAGAAGCCUGCACUACCGAAGAAGCUCCGGGGCAGGAAGGCCGCUGCACGAUCUUAA